AUUUGCACCAUUUACACCUUUUCCUAUCCAUAACUACCGAGCAUUCUCCCUUUCGCACCCGCAAAAUUCAAGCUAAUAUGGAACAAGCAUCUCGAUAAUGGAACCCUUUUCUUUCGCAAGCUCGGAGUCGUUAGACCGCCAAGUCAGCAUACGCAUAAUUAAUCUCGAGGGCGAAGAAACACCACAUCUAUAUUCGGUGUUGUUACAAAGGCCCGAUCUUAGACAUAUAGGCUCUAAUUUGAGCCCUCAUUCCGACCUUUACGUCACUGUCCAAGUAUGGGCUGGCUCCAAACCUCUGACCGUCCCGAUACAAACGUCGUAUAAACCGUUUCGCAAUGAAAGAAGAUGGAACGAAUGGCUUGAUCUACCGAUACCAUACAAAUCUCUACCCAUUAACUCAUGCCUUGCAAUAACGUUAUGGGAUCUCUCCCCCACAGGCGGAAAACAAGCUCAAGGUCAUGCGAUUCCUUUCGGCGGAACGACGCUCCCACUCUUCGACCGAGAGAACCAGCUUCAGAAGGGGAGGCAAAAAUGUAUAAUUCAUCGUCAUAAACAAGCAGAUGGAAAUGAUAAUACCACUACGCCGUCCAGCGUAGAGAAGAAGAGAGGUUCUUCCAAAAAUGAUGACGCCACUUUUGUGGAUAAGGAGGCCGAAGAACUCGACCGUUUAGAGAAGUUAUUUAAAAAGCACGAGAUGAACGAGAUCCCUAGGGUGGAAUGGCUGGACCAGCUUGUCUUCCGUGCAACCGAAAAGCGUGGCUUGAAAGCAGCGAAGAACUCGAUAAAAUUACUUCAACGUCAAGCGAUGCAGAACACGAAUACAGAGAAGGAUGGGGGAAAGGAUAAAACCGAUUUAGCGGCUGAAGAUCCGCCGAGACCCGGGCCGUCAAGAUUUAUGCUGAAUGUGGAAUUACCUCGCUUCGACUUUCCUGUGGUGUUCGCAGAUCAUGAAUACCCUCCACCGGCUGUGUCGUCUUUUCAGCAUCUUUCAGCUUCUCAAUCCAAUAUCAUUCUAAAACCCCCACCAGAAGUAUCAUAUGGCCCAGGUAUAAAUGGGCCUGGUGACGCAGGAAAUAGAAUGGAUAGUCGCAUAGUCAGAAUAUAUGAUCCUGAAGUCGGCGCACGGGAUAACCCGGCAGAAAGCAAGCACCGACGUCUAGUCAGGAGUCAGCAUCGCCACGGGAUACUAGAUAAAGAUCUGAGGCCCAAUGCAAAGGUUCGCGAUGAGCUUAAUACCAUCAUGUUAUAUUCGCCUACCCAUAUUCUGUCUCCGGAAGAAAAGGAUCUUGUCUGGAAGUUCCGCUAUCAUUUAGCUAAGGAUAAACGGGCUCUCACGAAGUUUAUCAAGUCCGUCAACUGGCAAGACCAGAGCGAAUCUAAGCAGGCCAUCCAGGUCCUCGGUAAAUGGACUGACAUCGAUGUGGAUGAUGCGCUUGAGCUGCUAGGUCCUACCUUUGAUAACCACGCCGUGAGAGCGUAUGCUGUGGACCGAUUGAGGAAGGCUGAUGACCACGAGCUGCUCCUUUACUUACUACAGCUAGUCCAAGCUUUGAAGUUCGAGCAUAUCUCAGCUGAUUCCAACGAAGCCACCGUGCAAGCAUCUUCCCUGGCAGAUUUUCUGAUCUCGCGAGCUGUCCGAAAUUUCACCCUUGGGAACUACUUCUACUGGUACCUCGGGGUCGAAUACGACGACAAGAGCAGUGAACAGGGAGAGGAAGUCCGUACCAUGUACGCCAAGGUCCAGUAUGACUUCAUGAAGGAACUUGAGAAGCGCCCAGGUGGUUGUGAAACGAGGGCAACCAUUAGAAGACAAGCUGAGCUCGUUACCGUAUUGUCUAAAAUCUCGGCCGAAAUACAGGCUUCUAACGAGUCAGUCGCCCGCAAGACCGAUAAAGUCAAGAGUUUUCUGGCAGAUCCGAAAAACGAACUUUUGUCUAUUGACCCUGCUGUACCUUUAGCCCUGGAUCCAUCAGUCAUGGUUACCGGAGUCAUUCCAGAAGAGACGCGGGUCUUUAAAUCGUCUCUUUCACCAGUUAUGGUUACAUUCAAGACAACAUUGGGAAGCAAGUACCCUAUCAUCUUCAAGACUGGUGACGACCUGCGUCAGGACCAACUUGUCAUUCAAAUCAUCACCCUUAUGGACCAAUUACUCCAGAAGGAGAAUUUGGACCUGAAAUUGACGCCCUACAAAAUUCUUGCAACGAGCACGACUGCCGGAGCUUCUCAGUUUAUCCCUUCCCAAACAUUUGCCGCGAUGUCUUACAAAUAUCGUAAUAACCCUGCUCUUGCCUACCUUAAGCAGCAUAAUCCCGACGAACGAGCAUACCUGGGGGUGCGUAAGGAAACCCUUGAUACGUUUGUGAAAUCGUGCGCGGGCUACUGUGUAAUUACCUAUAUACUUGGGGUUGGCGAUCGACAUCUCGACAAUCUUCUCCUAACGCCGGACGGACAUUUCUUCCAUGCUGACUUCGGGUUUAUCCUCGGCCGCGAUCCCAAGCCUUUCGCGCCAGCAGUCAAGCUUAGCAAAGAGAUGGCCGACGCCAUGGGCGGCUCAAAUCCCCCGAGCGAGCAGUAUUUGCAAUUCAAACAGUACUGUUUUCUAGCGUUCGCAGCAUUGCGAAAAUCGUCAAACCUAAUCCUUAACCUAUUCAGUCUGAUGGUCCAUGCUAAUAUCCCGGAUAUUAAGAUUGAGCCAGAUAAGGCGGUAUUUAAGGUCAAGGAGCGUUUUCAUCUAGAGAUGAAUGAAGAGGAUGCAAUUAGACACUUGGAUGGAAUUCUGGAGGACAGCCUUAAUGGUAUCAUGCCUGUUGUUAUUGAUCGAUUACAUGAUUGGGUCCAGGCAUUCAGGCCUUAGAGGCGUUUAGGGGAGAGGUAACGCAUUAUACGAUAGGUACGUUUUACAAGGUUGUUGGGUUUAUAUGUAUGUAUCGGUUUACCUACUCAAGGUGGCGUCCGCGGUGUUUACUUGCAUGUCGGUUCUUAUCCGAUACAAGGUUGUUUAGGUACCUUUUAGAUACCCUGUUUAAAGACGCGAUUCAAACAA